AUGCCUAUGACCUUCUCUAGGGAUGAUCAGUGGGUACAUAUUCCAGAUCCAGAGUCCUACCCGCUGGUGGUCUGCCCGACCAUAGAUCGGGCUCUUCUCCCCAAAGUGCUAAUUGACUGCAGCAGCGGGCUUAACAUCAUAUUCACCGAAACCCUGAAGCGCAUGGACUUCAAUUUCGACCGCUUCCAACCCUGUGAAGACCACUUCUACGGUAUCAUGCCCGGCAAUGGAUCCUAUCCUAUCGGCUGUGUUAUUUUGCUAGUUACCUUUGGCACGCCCAACAACUACCGUAUGGAGCACCUCACCUUCGAGGUGACCAACUUCAAAACUUCCUACCAUGCCAUCUUUAGCAGACCCAUGCUCGCAAGGUUCAUGGCGAUUCCAUAUCACACCUACCUUGUCCUCAAGAUGCCAGCUCCAAACGGUGUCCUUUCCAGCUACGGUGACGUUGAGACAUCAUACAAGUGCGACACGGAGGCGGUACAGCUCGCUGAAGCCCUGGAGUACUCGGCCAAAGCCAUCGCCAUGCUUGCCGAGGCCCAGAAGGUGGACUAG